AGGGGUCAGAGGUUCUAUCUUUCUGACUGACGCGUCGCUAAGACUGGCUGCUCUACUCCGGGACGGGGGAACGGACUGCUGGCGUCGCCGGCGCUCGCUCUACCGCGGCGGCAGGAUUAUCUUGAGAAUCUUCCCUGAAAGCUUUGCUGGCAAGCAGCCAUGGCAAGCAAAGGGCCCUCGGCCUCUGCAUCCACUGAGAAUUCCAAUGCAGGGGGGCCCAGUGGCAGCAGCAAUGGUGAGAGUGGAGGGCAGGACAGCACCUUCGAGUGCAACAUAUGCCUGGACACGGCCAAGGACGCUGUCAUCAGCCUGUGUGGCCACCUCUUCUGUUGGCCGUGUUUACAUCAGUGGUUGGAGACUAGGCCUAACAGACAAGUGUGUCCAGUCUGCAAAGCUGGCAUCAGCCGGGACAAGGUCAUCCCCCUCUAUGGCAGAGGCAGCACUGGACAGCAGGAUCCCAGAGAGAAGACUCCUCCUCGUCCACAAGGCCAGAGACCAGAGCCAGAAAAUAGAGGGGGAUUUCAAGGAUUUGGAUUUGGAGAUGGUGGCUUUCAGAUGUCUUUUGGAAUUGGAGCAUUUCCAUUUGGGAUAUUUGCCACAGCAUUUAACAUAAACGAUGGACGGCCUCCUCCAGCUGUCCCUGGGACACCCCAGUAUGUGGAUGAGCAGUUCCUGUCACGCCUCUUCCUGUUUGUGGCCCUGGUGAUCAUGUUCUGGCUCCUGAUUGCCUAAUACAGGACCCCGUUAACAUCUACAGCAGCGCCUCUGGACUGGUGAUAUGCCGCACCCACUCCUGUGUUUGAUUUGUUUAAUCCUGACCCUGGGAUCAAGGGUCAGAAACACAUCAAGGAGUCUUGCUUCUUCAUUAGUGCUUCGGAACUCAAAACCAGUUGUCGAGGAACCCCCACUUUCACCACUGCUGUAAACACUCUUCUAUAACCUCAGAUCUUGUGCUGAAUCUCCUCUCAUGGGUGGCAGUGUGGAGUCCUGUUCAGCCUUUUCAGCAGGUCCCAGCUCUACACAGGGAAGAGAUGGGAAGAAAGAAACAGUUUCUUUAACGAGAACUUUAAAUUACAAAAUGAAGGGAUGAACCAAAUGGUAUUUACAGAAACUUACUUUCAUCUUUUUACAUACUCCUUGGUAAGUGGCCUCCAUUCCCUAUCCUGAGAGACUCCCUUCCGCUCCUUCCACCCCCCCCCUUCCUCAGCAAAGACAUAAGGUGGGUUGUAGCAGCAGAAGCUCAAGAUGCUGAUGACCUUAUCAGAGGCUCUGGUCUUUGAUUGGCNCUGGGCCUUAUGCAGUGUCUUGGCCCUAGAAAGCAGCUUGGAUGACCCCUGGCUUCCUGGUAUAGAUUGUCCCUGAUGUCACUUGGCUCAAAUUUCCCAUCANCCUUCUCUAGACUUCUGCUGAAUUCAGACUGACUGCUCUGCUUUAGGGCUGAUACAGGAAUAGGAGGACAGGUCGCCCCUGCCCUAGGCUAUAGAAGCCUGAGUCAUUCUCUCACAGAACUUGCCCAGAGAAACUGGAGACUUUCUCAGGUCAGCCCAGCUGCAUGUAGAACACUACCACNCUCAGAAGCCAUUGUCCUUUAUAAAAGAGGCUGGGACACUGACUCCAUCUGAUGUUGGUGAAAACUCCUUGAAUGUGUUCAGGGACACACGAGGCUCCCGAGCAAGCAACCCUCCCUGGUGACACAACACAAGGACCCCAGAGAUACAGUGUGUCCGUCAUUCCUUAGUCUUCCUCAUGGUGAUUUGUUCUUGAACUUAUGAGUUGUUUCCUCUGAAUCUGAUUGUGGGAUUGUGGUGCCAAGCAGGAGAACAUCACCUGCUGAGACGGUUCUUGCUCUGCCCAUCAGGCCUCAUCUUAGACAUGUCACCUCUCCUUGGAGACCUCANCAGGNCAGCAAGAUGAGCGUCUACUGGACCCUUUUGUUCACUUCUCCAGCACCCACUGCCCCAGCAAUAACAAACUGGGAGAAAGCCUUGCCUGGUGAUUUUUCUAGAUGUAACACUGUAUAAUCUACGGANCCCUAGACCUUGAGGGUGGUGAAAGAGCCUUCCUCCUCACUGCACAAUCCUCACCUGCCAACGCCAGUGUUAGUGUUGAAAUGAUACAGUAUGAAGUAUUGUGUAGGACGGUGGUUUGACAACUCUAGCUGGUAAGAAUAAGCCACCAACUUUAUGGUAUGCCUGACANAUUUUAAAAAUUCUUUGUCGCUUGGAAAUCNCCNGUCACGGGGCCCCCGGAGUGUCUCUGUUCUAGAGAGAAUUGGUAGGAUCCCUCAGGGUAGCAUGGCCCUAAGUAGUAGAGGGAAAACUUAAGCCAAUGAACACAAAGGAGAUGAGAGAGGGAUUGUGAGUAGUGGAGUAAACCAUUUGGAAUCUGGUGAAAUGGAUGACCCAGGUGUGCAGCAGCAGAGUCAUCCCAGGGCAUGCAGUAGCACAGCUGUGGUGGCAUGUGCCCUUUUGUGAACAUUAACAUUACAGGGCUAUACAUCUGCCAGCAGCUGAGGCAAGACAGCCAAUGUGGGCUUUAUGGGCCAUUCCUCUACAGGCUCACCACUCAUCCCAUGGCCAAGGCAGCUUUCCCUUCUGUGUUUUCUGUGUCCUCAGCCUCCACCUUUCUGCCACCCUCAUGGACAAGGACAAUGGAAACAUGUAAGGCCGCAUACCUUGACCAGCCACUGAUUUUCACUGUUGUGAAAGUGAUUUGACUUAGAAUUAAAUGGUUUUACAUUACUCUGAGUGUGGAGCUUGUGUCUUGGGAUAUUAGUUGGCUGGGGUGUGGGCACACUGGUUUGGUCCCUGGACAGUACCUGUCUAGUAGUAUUUAUGUCUUUAAACACCCAUUCAGAGGUCCUGACAAUUGCAUGGAAUCUCUUUGUCACCAAGCACCAAACUGCCAUGAUGAAG